UUCCGCUUCCGGCGGUGUGAGUGGGACGUGCGGCGUGGUGUGGCGUUUCGUGGCGAUGGCGGCCGGAGGUAGCGAUCCGCGGGCCGGCGACGUAGAGGAGGAUGCCUCACAGCUUAUCUUUCCCAAAGAGUUUGAAACAGCGGAGACACUACUAAAUUCAGAAGUUCACAUGCUUCUGGAGCAUCGAAAGCAACAGAAUGAGAGUGCAGAGGAUGAACAGGAACUUUCUGAGGUCUUCAUGAAAACUUUAAAUUACACAGCCCGUUUCAGUCGUUUCAAAAACAGGGAGACUAUUGCCAGUGUCCGCAGCUUGUUGCUCCAGAAGAAGCUUCAUAAGUUUGAGUUGGCCUGUUUGGCCAACCUUUGCCCAGAGACUGCUGAGGAGUCGAAGGCUCUGAUCCCAAGCCUGGAGGGGCGGUUUGAAGAUGAGGAGCUGCAGCAGAUUCUUGAUGAUAUCCAGACCAAGCGCAGCUUUCAGUAUUAAUCUCCAGAUACCAUUCUGCUGCUGAGGGCACGACACCCCAGCCCAGCACCACUGUCCCGGUCUCUGGAGCUGACUUACACAGAAAUUGUAUGGCAGAAGACACUUGGUGUAGGUUGCUGUGUCGGACUUGACUAGUGGACCUUGAUAACCUGACCUUGCCUCUCAGAAGGGUGAGAUGGGGUGAUGUGCUCAUAUGCUACACUGUUGACUACCUCAUACCACGGUUUUGGUCCCGGUGGUAUUUCUAAAAAUUUUUUAAGUCAUCUCUACUCCCAGCGUGGGACUUUAACUCAUGACCCCAGGAUCAAUUGACGCAUGCUCUACCAACUGAUGCAGCCAGGUGCCCCCUUUUUAAGAUUUUAUCUUUUUAGCUCCUGUGUUAUUUUUGAUUCCUAAGAUUUCGUGUUUAAUAAUUUCAAUCUGUUUAUAGUUCUUAAAACUAAUAGAAUGUAUAAAACUGGUAUAGGAAGCAAUAGUCUUAUCUCAGUGUGAAAGGAAGAAUUAAGGGGGGCCCCUGGCUGGCUCGGUCAGUAUAGCAUACAAUUCUUGAUCCCAGGGCCAUGAGUUCAAGCCCCAUGUUGGGCAUGGAGCCCACUUAAAAAAACAAAACAAACAAAAAAGCCCAAACAGGGGUCCCCAAAUAUAAAUGCAAAAGGAAGAAUUAAACCAGAUCUGUAUCGUCAUUUAAAAUUCUUAAAGAAAGGAGGAUAGUCAUGACUGUGAGACAGCAUUGGCAUCGUGCUUAACCUGGAAGUCCAGGAAGAAGCUUGCUGGAAAGCAGUUACACCUGAGGAUAACUGCCAAGCAUCAUGGAGCCCAUAGCCCUGAGGUAGAUGGGUACUUGGCCUUUUUUCUUGGACUGUUGCAGAAUGUAGGUUUGGAGGCAGUGGUCCUUAAGCACUAUUUUCUCACUCCCAAAUUAAGAUUUUUUUCCUUCAUAGGCCAAACUUGAAGGUUUGAACACUUUGAAGAGUCUUUGAAUGGGACAUUCCAGUCCAAACCUCUGGCUUGCUACUCAGUAGGUGUUCUCUGAUGAGGGUGACUUGGAAGGAGGGAGCCUGCCUCUUCGGGAGCCACUACAGUGCAGUCACUCGAUGUGAAGCUAGUUGGGGGAAUCUCUUUAAUAGCUAAACAUUCUAGCUGGGUGUACUGCAGUAUCAUAGCCAAUGAGGUUUAGCCACGGCACAGAUACUGGUCACUGAAGAAAAAAAAAAAAAGCUAAACAUUCUAGCUUUGAUAUUUCUGAAAGGAAAUAUGCCUGUUUUCUUCACAAUUUGGAGAUUUUUCUUUAGAGCGCUUGUUGGCUCCAGAUGAAUGUAUGAUCCAAAAAAAGGUUGGAGAGACAACAAAGUUUGUUUUGUUUUGUUUUGUUUUGUUUUAAAUAGGUUCCACAUCCAUUGUAGGACUUGAACUCCUGACUCGGAGAACAAGAGUCUUAUGCUCUACUGACUGAGCUUGCCAGAGGCCCCAACAAAGUUAGCUUUUAAAAGGUAAGAUAAUUUGGAGUGCCUCAUUGGCUCAGUCAGUAGAGCAUAUGAUUCUUGAUCUUGGGGUCAUGAGUUCAAGCCUCAUGUUUGGUGUAGAGUUUACUUAAAAAAUAAAAUAGUUUGAUAUGUGCUGGCUAAGGCAAAAAUAAGCUUUAUAAAUUCUUUCAUUUUCUGAAAUGACACAGUUUAUAAGUCAUUGAUAUUUAGUAUUUGAAGGAAAUCAUCUUUUCAUCCUUGGCAACUUCCCUUCUUUGAAACUCAUCAGUGUUCUGGGUUAUAAAAUGUACAUGCUAAUAGUAUGUAUUCCAUAGAUAAUUUUGAGAAGAUUGCUAAAAAGAGCCUAAUUAGUGUCUGACAUCUAUUACGCCCCAAUAAACGUUAGCUCGUAUUAGCAUCUCGGUCAGAUGAGCAAGUAGACAUAGGUAGUUAGCUUGCUUCAUAGAAAUUAGUGUAGGAAUUUGGUAGCAUGCCACUGGUACUGGUAUCAGGCUAUGAAAGCCAAAUUACUUGGAUCCGUAGAAUUGUUUUUUUUUUUUUUUU